ACAUUAGAUGAAGAAGAGAUGCUCGGUGGCGUCGACUAUGCCAGUGAACUUAGAGAACUGGAGGACGAAGGCAAUAUGGAUAUUGAAGAACUGCGAAGGCGUUAUGGGUAUGCAACUGAAGGCAGUGCAGAAGCUGAGUGCGAAAGCGGUUCUGAUACAGCAGGAAAUGCUGAAGAAGGUGAAUCACAAGAUGCGGAAGCAAGUGAAAGUGCUGAAUUCCUGCACUUACCCUAUGAUGAGCUAGAUGAGGGCGAGGAAUCGGAUGACAAAGACUACGCUCCGCCAGACCCUUGGAAGAAAGACGUACGUGUAGAUGCAGGACGCUAUCAAGCUGCUGUUCCCGAGUCAAUGAACGAUGAAACAUCAGUGGCUUCGAGUGACAACGACAACGAUUUACCGAAUUUGCCUGUGGCAGCUCCUCGUGGAGCAUUAUGGAUGCCACCUAGCGACAUCUCAGAUGCAGAAAUAGAUCGAUUUCUAGUGGAUAUAGUGAAUCUACGAGCUGCACAUGGUCAAAUCUUCUCUGAACGUUAUCGCACGGUAAGACAUAACUAA